AUGGAGGGUGUAAACGAGUGCGCUGACGGGACAUCCAACUGCAGUGCUGAUGCCAUGUGCAACAAUACCAAGAGUUCGUAUCGCUGCAAAUGCAAACCAGGAUUUACUAUAUAUGAGCGGACUUGCAAAGACUUCUGUGACGCAGACCAAUGCCGAAAGUUGGAGUUUACCCCUGAAAAAACUUUUGAUGGAAGACGUCUUAUAAACCACGUCAUUCGCAUCGUUGAAGUUCUGACAAUGAAUUUUUGUGACAAUAUGUGUUAUAUGGAACCCGACUGUGUCAGCAUUAAUCUUUAUAAACGAGUGAGUGGUCAUGGAGCGUACAAAUGUGAAUUGAAUAAUGUUACUCACGAAAGACACGAACACGACCUGGAGAAGGUAGACGAUUAUGUUUAUCAUGCAGCUGAGAGCGCUUGUGUUGAUAACCCUUGCAACAAUAAUUCUACUUGCCAAAGCGGUUUUACUGACAAAGGAUAUCGCUGUUUGUGUACCGCUGGAUUCAAAGGUCCAAGAUGUAAGAAAGAUAUCGACGAGUGUGCUGCAGGAACACAAGACUGCAGUAAAAAUGCUGUUUGCAACAAUACAAAAGGUUCCUAUAACUGUUCAUGUAAACCUGGAUAUUCUGGAAAUGGACGGACUUGCGAAGAUAUAAACGAGUGCGCUGACGGAACAUCCAACUGCAGUGCUGAUGCUAUGUGCGACAAUACCGAGGGAUCGUAUCGCUGCAAAUGCAAACCAGGGUUUACUGGAGAUGGACGGACUUGCAAAGAUAUAGACGAGUGUGCAACAGGAAAAACGAACUGCAGUGCUGAUGCUGUGUGCAACAAUACUAAGGGAUCGUACAACUGUACAUGCAAAGAAGGAUACUAUGGAGAUGGAAAUAUCUGCCGUUUGGCUUCGACGUGUAAGGAAAUUUUCGACCGGAAUGUAUCGAAAACGAGUGGCGAGGUUACCCUGCGCUUAGACUCAAAGCCAAUAUCUGUUUUCUGUCACAUGGGAGACUUUGGAUGCGGAGAUGGAGGAUGGACGCUGAUCAUGAAGAUUAAUGGCAGUGAGAGAACAUUCCAUUACGAUUCCCAGUUUUGGAGCAACAGAAGUGCUUACAACCUUCGAGGAGGCAAGACUGGCUUUGACUUACAAGAGACAAAGUUACCGACCUUUUGGACCACAUCCUUCUCCAAGAUAUGCCUUGGUAUGAAGAUCGGUAAUCAGCUCAGAUUCAUCGUCAUCAACAAGCGGGCCGACUCUCUCCACUCCCUUAUUGCUGAUGGGAAAUACCGCAACACCUCACUGGGCCGUGAAACGUGGAAGUGGCUGAUUGGCUCACAGGCCUCCUUGCAGCCCAAAUGCAGUAAGGAAGGAUUCAAUGCGGUGGGAGACAGCCCUAGUUUUUCCAAAGCAAGAAUCGGCAUCACCGCUAACCAGCAGAAUGACUGUUCCUCCUGUAACUCACGAAUUGGUUUUGGCACAGGAGGUCUAUAUGAUGACUCCAACACGUGUGGAAAUGAGGCAACGCUCCAGCCAGAUAAUGGAAACAAGCACAUCAAAGCCAUAGGGUACAUCCUGUUGGAAUUUACUCAUGAAAAAGCAUUUGAUGGAACACGUCUUAUAAAUUACAUGAUUCGCAUCGUUGAAAUCAUGUCAAUGGAUUUUUAUGAGAGCAUGUACUUUAUGGAACUUGACUGUGACAGCAUUAAUCUUAAUAAACGAGUGAGUGGUCAUGGAGAAUUUUCUGACGCAGACCAAUGCCGCGUGUUGGAGUUUACGCCUGAAAAAGCAAUUGACGGCAAACGUCUUAUAAACCACGUCAUUCGCAUCGUUGAAGUUCUGACAAUGAAUUUUUGUGAGAACAUGUGUUAUAUGGAACCCGACUGCGUCAGCAUUAAUCUUGAUAAACGAGUGAGUGGACAUGGUGGGUACAAAUGCGAAUUGAAUAAUGUUACUCACGAAAGACACGAACACGACCUGAAGAAGAAAGAACGUUAUUUUUAUCAUGCAGCUGAGAGCGCUUGUGUUGAUAACCCUUGCGAUAACAAUGCAACUUGUCAAAGUGGUUUUACUGACAAAGGAUAUCGCUGUUUGUGCCUCACUGGGUUCAAAGGUCCAAGCUGUAAGGAAGAUAUCGAUGAGUGUGCUGGAACACAAGACUGCAGUGAAAAUGCUGUUUGCAACAAUACCAAAGGUUCCUAUAAGUGUUCAUGUAAACGUGGAUAUUCUGGGGAUGGACGGACUUGCGAAGAUGUAAACGAGUGUGCCGAUGGAACAUCCAACUGCAGUGCUGAUGCUAUGUGCAACAAUACCAAGGGAUCGUAUCGCUGCAAAUGCAAACCAGGAUUUACCGGAGAUGGAUGGACUUGCAAAGAUAUCGACGAGUGCGCUCUAGGAACACAAUACUGCAGUGCUGAUGCUGUGUGCAACAAUACUAAGGGAUCGUACAACUGUACAUGUAAAUCAGGAUACUAUGGAGUUGGAAGUAUCUGCCUUUUGGGUAACAUUUCUCCUGCAGUGUUACGGUAG